UCCGUUCUCAGUCACAAACGAUUGAUCGUUCCCCAUCAAUAGAUCAAGAUGUUCGUGGGUGCGCGUUUUUUGAAAAAUUUUGUUCUCGUUUUAUUUCUUGGAUAUUCCUUUGCAUUGGAGUUGCAAUCUGCAGAAACGACCAGUCCAUUGCACAUAACUACAUUUGUGACGCCCGGAAAGCGUCUUAAACUACACGUAGGGAACGUCGAUUACCCAACAAUUCGCUGGAAGUUCAAUGGAACGUUCGUAUCGAAAAAAUGUGAAGUUCAGAGUAGUCCAAAAAGUAGCACCCUAAUAUGUACUGACAUGGAUUGUUCAAACGAAGGAUUUUAUGAAUGCCAAGGAAUCACACAGGAAGGGCAUAGUGAAGCAUUGCUAGCAGUUUACGUAAAAAUGGUAGAAUGCGAAAAAUCUGCCAAACAGGAAGCAGAACCCGCAGAACGCGUCAUGAGAAUCAGAGAACAAUGUUUUUGCUCCGGAAUCACAGACAAAUGUGAAAUGGCGGAUAAUCUUUUCAGACGCAAGAUUGUAACUAGUCUUCUGGACAGUAAUGUUGUACCUUCAAAGUGGUCUAAUGACAAAAAAUCACUAAAAUAUUACUCUCUGCCCGUGCAGAUGAAAGGAAAUCUGCUCAUGUCUUAUGGAGGAUUUCUAGAUAUUCCAGCAACGGAUCACGAAGGCGUUGAUAACCCAGACGUAGUACUUCAAGGCAGCGAACAGACACUCGUUUACUAUCAUAAUCGAGAUUCGGAGAUCAGUGGAGAGCUGAAUCGAAAACGUAUUCCAAUGACUGAACAGGAGUGGCGUCACCUAGAUGGAAGUCAUGUUUCCAGAAAUACAUUCAUGACUGUAUUGUCGAGGGUGAAGGAGUUUUACGUAAAGAGCAACGCUACUGGUGGACUAGAAUCACUUGACAUCGUUUUGGAUAGUGCCGAUUACAAAGAUCAUGGAUUGGGUAAAGUCACAACAGUAGAAAAAUGUGCGUGCCACGUUGGAUACGAUGGCCUAUCGUGUGAAAAAUGCUCUAAAAAAUUCAUUCGACGGCAUGCUAUUGGGCUACAGGGAGUAUGUGUUUCCUUCAAAGAAACGUGGGAUAAGUAUAAAAGAAUAAUUGCAAUGCAAAAGAAUAACGAUUUGUACAAUAAUCGUCUGAGAGUUUAGUUGGUAUUAAAAGGAUAACUGUCUAUGAAUAAUAUCCAAUAAAAUAAUUCGAAACAAGCAAUAAAUUGGUAUAAAUAUUUUCC